AUGCAUUUAGUGGAGAGUGGACAUCUCUUGCUGCAUCAACGAUUCCGAGCUGCGUUUGUGGAGCGAUGGGUAGCGGCAGAGGUGAUUGGAUUGUCUGACGGCGACGAGAACGGGAUCAUCAGUGGGCGUUUACGUGCUCUUCAGUCGUGCAUGGAUCUGGUUCAGUUGCUCAGCUACAAGCGCGAGUUCGUGUUUGAUCAAGACGACUGCUCAGUGGCCAAGAUGUACAUCGAGCACACUGUACUCAGCAUGGACGCCGGCACAGGAGCUGACGUUCGUGGUAUCAAGCAGCAGGUGGCUGCGAAUUUUGAGUCACUGCGUAUUGAAGUGGCGAGUGAAUUCUAUAAAGAGUACGCAGUGCACUUACGUACGCUUGGUUUCCGACGUCUUCGGACGCUAGCUACCAGCAGGAGCCAUGCACUACUUUUACCACCCGGUAAGAGCUGCAGCGGAAGCGGCUGGGUGGACGAAUAG